AUGUCUCAAUCAUGUGCUGUUGAAUCAUGUGAAUCUACAUUAGGUAUUUCUUGUCAUUGUUGUGAUAAAAUGUUUUGUCCAGAUCAUUUAGAUGAACAUUAUGAAUCAAUUAAUAAUCAGUUAAAUCCUUUGGUUAAUGAAAUUAAUACUCUUUAUGAUCAAAUUAUGAAAAAAACCAAAGAAAAAUUAAUUGGUAAUUGUCUUGAGAAACUUGAUACAUGGCGUGAUGAAUGUUAUCAAAUGAUAAAUCAUUUAUAUGAAAAAAAACGUCAAGAACUUGAACAACAAUAUAUUCAAAAAACUGAUAAACAACAAAAAAAAAUAAAUGAAAUACAAUUAAAAAUAAAUAAACUUAUUCAUGAUCAUGAUACUACACAACAAGAUAUUGAAUAUUUUAAAUCAACUAUUCAAAUAAUAAAACAUGAAAUAAAACAAAUUCAUCAAAUAUAUUUUAAUAUAAAUAUUCGUCCAUUAGAAUUAUAUGAAAAUUUUAUUUCAAUUGAACAAAUCAAACAAGAUGAAAUUGAUUUUACAAUGCUUUUAUCUCCAUAUAAAACAAUUGAUUGUCCUGAUGAAUAUAAUAUAAUAUGUACUACCAAUAAGAAUUUUCUAUUAAUACAUCAAAAUUCAGAAUUACAAUUAUUUAAUAAAGAAUUAAUAAUGAUUAAAAAUAUUUCAUGGAAAAAUCAUCGAGUUUAUGAUAUGUGUUGGUUAUCAACAUUAAAUAAAUUUAUUUUACUUGAUUUUAAUAAACAAGUUUAUCUUAUUAACGAAAAUUUAACAUCGAUUGAACAAAUUCAAAUAAAUCCAGAACAAACCUGGCGAUGUUGUACAUGUUCUCAUACAUCUCUAUAUUUAAUAUCAUCUCAUCAUCUUACAGAUAUUUUUCAAUUUGAUCUUCAAUCAUCUUUUCAAUUAAUUAAACGAUGGAAAAUUUCUUAUUUAUCUAAAGAACAUGAUAUUAUCAUAGAUAUGAUUUAUAAUAAUGAAACACUUGCUUUAUUAAUUAAAAAUCAAAAAACUCACAUCGAACUUCGAUCAUCUAUAACAUUUGAUCGAAUUUGGUUAUUACAAAUUGAUACCAAAUAUGAUAUUAUUCAUCCAAUUACUUAUUUCUGUUUACUUAAUUCUAAUGAUUGGCUUUUACUAGAUUAUCAUAAUUCUCGUCUUAUACAUGUUAAUAAUAAUGGAAAAAUAAGAUCAAUUUCUAUGUACAAUCCAUCACCUAUCAAGGCAAUUCUCUUCGAUUCUAACAUUCUUGUUAUAAAAACUGAUAAAACUUGGAAUUUUCAUGAAAUAUAA